GCGCGCAGUGUUGCUUUGGAAUUAAUUUGCUGUUGCCGCAGCUAAAACAGGGUGGCAACUCAGCGGCGCAACAACUGAACAACUUCCGUCGUCGGGCGCAUCGAAAACAUUGCAGUUUCAUCCCAAAAACAGUUAAAAUGGUUUAUAUACCAUAACUUAUUACUAAAUAAUAACAAUCAGCAGUUAUUUUUACCCGCGGCGCCCCAUACCGCAUGCAAUUUUGUGCAAAAUGGCGCUUAGAAUUUGGAUAAGAAACGAACGACAAGCUUACGUAAGUGCAAAAAGCAACAACAUCGCUGAAUGGUGAGGAAAAGAGAAAACAAGUUGCUAAGAAAACAGGGUGUUAUCUUUAUAGACAUCCAUGUGGUUUAUAAGAUGAUCAAAGUAUUUCAGCAAGGCACCCUGUUUCUGUUUAAAGAGAGCGAGAGAGAGCGGCGAACCCACACUAAAGCAACGAGUAUACAGAGAAAUAACGACGUCGGCAGAGCGCUUUAGCCGGACUAUUGCAGUACAUAAUGAAAUCGACGAAACUGAAAAUCAGAAACCAAACGGACCACUAGCGAGCUACAACUCUGCCACGGCUACACUUUACACACUCACGUACUGCUCCUCCACCUCGCUCAGCAACUCACACAUACACACACAGACGCGUACGGGAGGAGAGAGGAAUUAAAAAAAAAAGCAUGAAGCCGAAAAAAAGUAAAGUGCAUCUCACCAUGACAAUGGCGGAACCACAUAAAAACACAUGUUUCCAUCUUGAAUUGAAGCGAAUUCGGCGGCACAGCGCCAUCAAACAAAAAAAAAUAUAGUAAAGUUGGCGAAAAAAUCUGUAUACGCAAAAAGUUUGAGCUGCUGAAACAUGAAAACCUUGCAGUUAUCGAUUCGCUCCGCUCAUUGCGCAAUGAAAAAAAUGCAGCGGGGGCGGCGAAUACGAGAGAGUAACCGAAACGGAGAGAGGGAGACAGCGAUAGGAAAUGCAAAUCCGCCUUCCACUUUCCAGCUCAAAAGUUCAAAGUUCAUAUGCAACUAACCAACAACUGGGUGCAGCGCAUGUCCGAGGUGCAACGAAAUCCCCGGACCGAAUAAAACGGGACAAACAAAACUCUCCGACUUCCAGGCGCCUCAGGAAGAUUGAUGGCUUGGAAUAUACUGCAAAAGGAAAAUGAUACCAUGUACACAACGCUGAUCGAAUGAAAUACGCAAUGGAAUGUGCUUCCUGUCACAACGAUCCAGCUAUAUAUAAUACCAAUUAGCUGGAUAUUCGUACGUGGUCAGCAAAUUAUCUGAUAUUUGGGCUCCUCGUGUGUCACCUGAUUAUUAAUGUGAUAAAUACCUUUUGUAAUUUACUGUUUGCCUGUCCAAAUCGAGUUAAAGUCAAGAUAAUAAGAAAUGGCAUAGAUUUCAGUGAUAUUUACAGAAAAUGUAUUGUGAAAAAUUGCUAAAUUACCCAUUGUUAAGUGAUUUUUAAUAGAAUCUUUAAAGCCAAACUUGUUUAUAAAUCUAUUUUCCUUUUUACGUUGAAGAUAUUCAAAAUCUGGAAUGGAUUUAAAAUUAUUUAGUAUUUGGUUUAUUCCAAAGUGUAUUUAUCAGUACAAGAAAACCAUUUAAAGGAAAUCAAUAGAUUAGAUUAAAUAUAAAAUUUGAAGAUUGUAUUAAUCGGAUGAGUUGAAGUAUCUAAAGGUUAACGAUUAAAAUCCACUCCAGUUUUCUAAACGUUGGAUGGCAUUUUACUUUCAAAAGAUGCCGAAAUUCCCACACGAUUUUUAUUAUUAACCAAGACAAUUAUAACAUUAUAAACAAGUCAUGCGCCUGUUAAAACUGAAACUGUGUAAAAAUGUUCAACGUCUAAUACACUUCAACUUCGUUCCGGCCAUCAA